CAGUGAAGCCAUCAUCAGCCACAACCAACCGGAUGCUUGACGCAAACUUCUACUUCAUGCCUGUUGCAGGGAGGGAAUUCCCUCCUGGUCUGAAGAAUAUAAAAUGACGGCCCAUCGUAAAGAUAAGACGACUCCCUCCGACCCUGACGGCCCUCAGCAUCAGAGCAACAAGUGCUUCCCAGCAGCAGCAACAUGCCCUCUCGACUCAACGUGUUCUGGCUCUGUGCAGCGGCACUGGCCGCUCUGCUGCAGUGUGCUCCCGCGGCUCCGGUCCAUGGUGCCUUCACUGACAAUCCAGCAGGUGACACCUCAGGUGAGGAGUGGGAGACGGAGAGGCCCGCUGACCCACUGAUAGCACUCUUGAAGUUGGUGCUGGAAGCGAUCAAGACCCACAGGCAGGAGUUUGAAGCUGAAUUCCACAUCAGGUAUGAUGUUCUGGCCCAGUACAACAUCCCCUCACUUCCAGCAGAUUGUCCUUCAUCCAACUUCAGCAUGGAGGCUCUCCUCCACCGGCUGCUCCAGGGCCUCCCUGUCUACACAGCGCUCCUGAAGUAUGUGGAGAAAGAGGAGCCAAAGAGCCGAAUUCCCUCGAGAUUCAGACAAAAUAGUGAGCUCCUGAAACAGAGGAUCACAGGAAAGAUGAGACACGCCGUCCAGGUGACCCCGCUGACCAGCAGCCAGGAGCAGCAGCUGCUGAGGGACCUCGAUAGCUCCGACACCUUCCACAGGAAGAUGACGGCGCACAGCAUCCUGUACCAGCUACGCAUCUUCCUCAUCGAUUGCAAAAAUGCAAUCAAUAAAAAGGAGAAGCUGAGAGAAAGUAGGGCCAACAGGGCGAUGACACCUGUCACUCUCUAUUACCAAAGGUAAAGAUGUUACUGAUCAGUUUGGAUCUGCUGGGAAACAGCCAGGUGGAGUGAUGGAACAUGUGGAACGUCCGGCUCUGUAACGAGAUAUGACUGUGUGAAUGUUGAGGCUUCAGUCCCACUGUUGGAUAACUUAUUGAAUCUAUUUAUAGUUGCUGAGAAGUGUUAUUUAUUAGUCAUAGGAAAUUCCAUGGAUGAAAGUUUCUUGCACUGAAUGUUGAACUUCGUACUGAUUGGAUCCCUCCGCUGAUUCAUCUCUCAACUGUGAUGUCACUGGAGCAGCAUCGUCACUUUUUACAGGAAAGGAAAAUAUUUGUAUCAUCGUUUGAUGUGAACAGUGUUUUUAUAUUUACAGUACUGUUGACUGUUAUUUAUUUAAAAUUAUUAUUAUUGUUAACUGAAUUUGCUGUUUAUUUAAUUAUAAUGCAACAAGCAUAAACUGUGUGACUUGGUGUGGAGGAAUAUUGUGUGUGCACAUGCAGAAAUAAAAAACAUUUGCAUAGAUAAGAAAC